AUGGCGAAGGACCCCGACGUCCCCCAGCCGGGCCCAGCGCGCCUCUCCAAGGGCGCCGGCCCAGACGAAUGGCUAGAAGCCGCGAAAGAGUGCAAAUACCUACCCGAGCCCGACAUGAAGCGGCUAUGUGAGAUAGUCAAGGAAUGUCUCAUGGAAGAAUCCAACAUCCAGCCCGUCCGCACCCCCGUAACCGUCUGCGGCGACAUCCACGGCCAGUUCUACGACCUCCUCGAACUCUUCCGCGUCGCCGGCGGCAUGCCCUCCGACACGCCCGUCCCCGCUCCGCGCCCGACCGCCGCCCCGAAGACCAUCAGCGCUGCGGACAUCGAGCCACCAUCGCAGAUCACGGAUCCGAAAGCGAAGCGGAAGAUGAAGCGCAGGUUCCAGGCUGAUAGUAACUACACCCGGCCGAGCAGUAGCAGUCCGCCGGGGCCUGGCGGUGACGAGGAGGAAGAUGAGGAUGAGGAGGAUGAGGAGAGGGGGAGGCCGAGGAGUAUUAGCGCAAGGAGGAGGAAGGGGAGUGGGGGUAACGGAAAGCAGAACUACGUGUUCUUAGGGGAUUUUGUGGAUAGGGGGUAUUUUAGCUUGGAGACGUUUACGCUGCUGAUGUGCUUGAAGGCCAAAUUUCCCGACAAAGUCACGCUCGUACGAGGAAACCACGAAUCCCGCCAAAUCACGCAAGUUUACGGCUUCUACGAGGAGUGCCAGCAAAAAUACGGCAACGCAUCUGUAUGGAAAGCCUGCUGUCAGGUCUUCGACUUCCUAGCGUUAGCCGCUAUUGUCGACGGGAAAGUCCUCUGCGUACACGGUGGGCUCAGUCCCGAGAUCAGAACGCUGGACCAGAUCCGCGUUGUUGCGCGAGCGCAGGAGAUUCCACAUGAGGGCGCGUUCUGUGACCUGGUGUGGAGUGAUCCGGAAGAGGUGGACACGUGGGCUGUGUCGCCAAGGGGCGCUGGGUGGCUGUUCGGCGACAAGGUGUCUUCAGAGUUUAACCACGUCAACGGCCUCCAGCUGAUAGCGCGCGCCCACCAGCUUGUCAACGAAGGCUACAAAUAUCAUUUCAAGGACAAAGACGUCGUAACAGUCUGGUCAGCGCCAAACUACUGCUACCGCUGCGGCAACGUCGCCUCCAUUAUGAGUCUGCAGGAAGAUCUCGAGCCCAAAUUCACCAUCUUCAGCGCCGUGCCUGAUAACAGGCGCGCCGUGCCGGCAGGGAGGGGGACGAGGGGCGAGUAUUUCUUGUGA